CGGUACAGCUCACAAAAAAACUGACAGUUGAUUUUUUCGCGUAAAAGUUGUGUAAAAAUUGUGUGGCUUUCUAACUUAAAAAAUAUUAAUUAAUUAAUUAAUUAGGUAAGUGUGUCUUCAGUAGUAAAUCCCGUGCCGAUUAGAAAAUAAGCGGCAGUGCCUGCGCGAAGGAUUAGCAAGAAAAAAACGAAGAAGUCAUACGAUAGGACCACGUAAGAAGAACUGCCGAUUAAUAAGCUAGUGCGUCAGCAGGCAGAAUGGAGGACGGCCAUGCGAAAACCGUCGAUGAGGUUCUAAAUUACUUCAACACAGACCCCGAACGAGGUCUCACUCUUGAUCAAGUGAAGCAAAAUCAGAGCAAAUAUGGACCCAAUGAACUUCCCACGGAAGAGGGUAAAACCCUCUGGCAGUUAGUGUUAGAACAGUUCGAUGACCUGCUGGUCAAAAUUUUGCUUUUAGCUGCUAUUAUUUCAUUUGUACUGGCUCUUUUUGAGGAGCACGAAGACUCAUUUACUGCAUUCGUUGAACCUUUUGUAAUUUUGCUCAUUUUAAUUGCCAACGCCGUUGUAGGAGUGUGGCAAGAGCGUAAUGCAGAAUCUGCGAUAGAGGCACUAAAGGAAUAUGAACCUGAAAUGGGUAAAGUGGUACGUGGGGACAAGUCGGGUGUCCAGAAGAUUCGAGCCAAAGAAAUUGUUCCCGGUGAUAUUGUUGAGGUGUCCGUUGGUGACAAAAUUCCGGCCGAUAUCCGUCUCAUAAAAAUCUUUUCAACGACCAUUAGGAUUGAUCAGUCCAUCCUUACUGGUGAAUCCGUUUCGGUGAUUAAGCACACCGACCCCGUGCCAGAUCCACGUGCUGUGAAUCAGGAUAAGAAGAAUAUCUUGUUCUCGGGUACAAAUGUGGCUGCCGGUAAGGCGCGUGGUGUUGUCAUUGGGACGGGCUUGUCCACUGCCAUUGGCAAAAUUCGUACUGAAAUGAGUGAGACUGAGGAAAUUAAGACGCCACUGCAGCAGAAAUUGGAUGAAUUCGGUGAGCAACUGUCCAAGGUGAUUUCCGUCAUUUGCGUUGCCGUCUGGGCCAUCAACAUUGGUCACUUCAACGAUCCCGCCCACGGUGGUUCAUGGAUUAAGGGUGCCAUCUACUACUUCAAGAUUGCCGUAGCACUCGCCGUCGCUGCCAUCCCUGAGGGUCUCCCUGCUGUCAUUACCACCUGCUUGGCUCUCGGUACACGCCGUAUGGCCAAGAAGAAUGCCAUCGUGCGCUCCCUGCCAUCCGUCGAGACUCUUGGUUGCACAUCUGUUAUCUGCUCUGAUAAGACCGGAACCUUGACAACUAACCAAAUGUCCGUAUCACGUAUGUUUAUCUUUGAGAAGAUUGAGGGUGGUGACAGCAGCUUCCUUGAGUUUGAACUUACUGGAUCGACGUACGAGCCAAUUGGUGAUCUGUAUCUCAAGGGAUCCCGGGUUAAGGCAUCCGAUUAUGAAACAUUGCAGGAAAUUGGUACAAUUUGCGUGAUGUGCAAUGACUCCGCCAUUGAUUUCAACGAAUUCAAGCAGGCUUUCGAGAAGGUGGGUGAAGCCACCGAGACAGCCCUCAUUGUUCUGGCUGAGAAGAUGAAUCCAUUCAAUGUGCCAAAGACGGGCUUGGAUCGUCGUUCAACAGCCAUUGUUGUGCGCCAGGAGAUUGAGACAAAGUGGAAGAAGGAAUUCACAUUGGAGUUCUCGCGCGAUCGUAAAUCCAUGUCAUCGUACUGCACACCCCUCAAGCAGUCUCGCCUUGGUACUGGACCCAAAUUGUUCGUCAAGGGUGCCCCUGAGGGUGUCCUCGAUAGGUGCACACAUGCCCGUGUUGGAACAAGCAAGGUCCCAUUGAAUGCAACACUGAAGAAUAGGAUUCUCGAGCUUACAAGGCAAUACGGUACUGGACGUGAUACCCUGCGUUGCUUAGCCCUUGCCACCGCUGACAACCCAAUGCGCCCCGAUGAGAUGGAUCUCGGUGACAGCACCAAGUUCUACACGUAUGAAGUUAAUCUUACCUUUGUCGGUGUUGUUGGUAUGCUUGAUCCCCCACGUAAGGAAGUCUUUGACUCAAUUGUUCGCUGCCGUGCUGCUGGUAUUCGUGUCAUUGUCAUCACUGGUGACAAUAAGGCCACCGCUGAGGCCAUCUGCCGUCGUAUUGGUGUCUUCGGUGAGGAUGAAGAUACCACCGGAAAGUCCUAUUCUGGUCGUGAAUUUGACGAUUUGUCCACGAGUGAGCAGAAGAUGGCUUGCGCACGUGCUCGUCUCUUCUCCCGCGUAGAACCAGCACACAAGUCCAAGAUUGUUGAGUUCCUCCAGAGCAUGAAUGAAAUCUCUGCUAUGACUGGUGAUGGUGUCAAUGAUGCUCCUGCCCUGAAGAAGGCUGAAAUUGGUAUUGCUAUGGGUUCCGGAACUGCUGUAGCCAAGUCUGCAUCUGAAAUGGUGCUCGCUGAUGAUAAUUUCUCAUCAAUUGUGGCUGCCGUUGAAGAGGGUCGUGCCAUUUACAACAACAUGAAGCAAUUUAUUCGCUACUUGAUCUCCUCAAAUAUUGGUGAAGUCGUCUCAAUCUUCCUUACUGCUGCUCUUGGUCUUCCAGAGGCUCUUAUUCCCGUACAGCUGCUGUGGGUGAACUUGGUCACAGAUGGUCUUCCAGCCACAGCUCUGGGCUUCAACCCACCGGAUUUGGAUAUCAUGGAAAAACCACCGAGGAAAGCUGAUGAAGGUCUCAUCUCUGGCUGGCUCUUCUUCCGAUACAUGGCUAUUGGUGGAUAUGUGGGUGCUGCAACUGUCGGAGCUGCUUCCUGGUGGUUCCUGUUCAGUCCAAAUGGCCCACAGAUGACCUACUGGCAACUCACACAUCACUUGGCCUGCCUGGGUGGUGGUGAUGAAUUCAAGGGAAUGGAUUGUAAGAUCUUCAAUGAUCCCCACCCCAUGACCAUGGCUCUAUCUGUAUUGGUCACCAUUGAGAUGCUUAACGCCAUGAACAGCUUAUCGGAAAAUCAAUCUCUUAUCGCAAUGCCACCAUGGUCCAACAUGUGGCUUGUUGGCUCAAUGGCUCUCUCCUUCACGCUCCACUUCGUGAUCCUCUACGUUGAUGUCCUGUCAACCGUGUUCCAGGUGACACCGUUGUCCGGCGAUGAAUGGGUGAUGGUGAUGAAGUUCUCGAUCCCAGUAGUAUUACUCGAUGAAGUGCUCAAAUUCGUCGCCAGAAAGAUCACAGACGGUAAGAAUCCGCUGUACACGGUGCACUGGAUUGUGCUAAUGUGGGCCGUGUAUUUUGGUUUGAUCUUCUGGGGGCCUCUGUAGAAACAAAGUGGCAAAAUGUUGAUCAUUUUGCUGCAGUGCAAUAUCUUUGUUUUUUUUUUAACAUUUAAAUUAUGGAUGCGAUGUUUUUUAUUAGCAAGAAAAACGUGUUUUUUUCUUUGCAUUGAUUGGAACGAAAUGAGAGAUUUGAAGACGUUUGAAAAGCAAAGAGAGAUAAAAUAAAACCUUAGAGGAAAGGUGAAGAAAAAAAAAAGAAAAUCUCAAAUGUGAACAGAGGUGCCCCAGCCCACAAGCCUUGUGUCAAAUAUUUCACUUUUUUUUUCUUAUAAGAUUGAUAAAUUGCCCUUUAAUAUUUAGCAUAAUUAUUAUACAUAUUAUAGAAUAAUUAAAAAAGUAAUUGAAAGUGAAAAGAGCACAAAAAGGAUCUACCUUUGAGCACUACAUUUAACAGUGGGGGGGAUCCUUUUUGUGUCUUUAUUUUGCUAAUGUUGUUCUCCCCCUUUUUUUUAUUAAAAAAAAUCUUUGUCCCUACUUUUUUUUUAAUAAAAUAAUAAUAAUAAUAUACUUUUAAAAACAUAAUUAUACAAAAUUAUUAUAAAACAUUAAAUUUGCUCAAAUGAGUGACAAUGGCAAAGAAAUAAAUAAAUAAAAAAUAAUGAUAUAAAUGAAAACAUACAGGAAAUACAAAGAGAUACAUCUCAUGCAACAACAUUGUACAUUGUGGGUGUUUUUUUUUGAGUGAUGGCAAUGAGAUAAUAAAAGAAAAAAACACACCAUUUUGCAACAAAUCGCAUAAUUAACUCACCAAUUAAAAUAAUUUUACAUGCAAUUUCGUUGCACCUAAUCAUGCGUACCAGGCUGAGAGAGAAUUUUAUUUUCAGAAUUAAUCUUGUUUGGAAUUUUUAUUAAUUUUAUUUUUUUGCAAGAAGGUAAACCCACUGCAAAGACAAAAUCCCAGAGAAACGGGAUGAGCAAUUAAGUUAAAAAAGGAAAAAAAUCAAUUUGUGUGUAUUUUGUGUGCUGCGAAGAAUUAAUCUGGCAAAAUGAGUCUUAAAUAUAUUUUUUUAUAUAUUAUAUAAAAUGGGGAAAAUGAGAGAAAAGUUCAUCAAUCACGUGUAUUUUAGCAGCAAUUUUUUAUAGUAAGAAGAUUUGCUUGAUUACCAUACUAUAUAUAUUUAUUUGAUAGAUAAUAUUUAUAUUCAAUUCGUUCGAUAAAUAUUAAAUUCAGUGAAUGUGAAUGUAUUAAAAAAAAAUGCGAAGGUAGACAAAAAGUUAUCGGCCUAAUGCAGAUGGGAGUUUUUAUUAAAAUUUCACGGGGAAUUCACUUAAAAAGCGUAAGAGAAGGCGUAAGAUGUAAGAUUGGGGAAGCAUAUGCGCGUACGCAAAGAAAGGGAAGCAUCGGAUCAACAAAAUCUUGUAGUGACUCAAAAAGAAAUCAGAAAUAGGUAGUCAAAUAGAUUUUUCAUAAUUCACUAACCUUCUUGACAAAUUCGACAAAUAUUUGUCCAAAAAUUCAAAGAAUUACGUCACCAUUGCUUUUUUUUUUAACCCUUUAAGGUUUUUUGGGUCAUACACUGACCCAAACGUGAAACAUUUUAUUUUAUCAAUUAUUUAUGAAUAAAAUUGUUUUUCCAUGUUACAAAUGCAUCAAAUUCACGCAUAAGGGGUCAAAGAAGACGUUCUGAGUGAGAAAAGCCCUCUAAAAAAAUUCAUAGAAUAAAAAUCGCGAUAAAAGAGCGCAUGUUUCAAUGUUUUUAUAUUUCACGUUGGACGUUAAAGGGUUAAACUCUAAAACACGUGUGAAACAUUUACGCUAAUGUUUCAUAGGAGCUUUUUAGGAAUGAGUUUUUAAAACAAGAUUUUGUCUUUUAAUUUUAGCAAAUACACAUUUUUUGACAGUUUUAACUGUCAUAUAAAGAACAUAACCUCAAAUUAUAUCUGAUUUUGUUUAGAAAUUAUUUAGAACAAAUAAUCAAAUUGCUUUAAUUUCAAGAACUGCUAAUAGUUCAUGAAGCCUGAUGAAGGUAUACAGAUGAGUCAAAAUAUGAAAAAAAAGCCUAAAUGAUUGAUUUUCUUACGCUAAAAUGACUUUAAUCACUUUGUGCUAGGCCAACAACUUUUAAAAUCAUCUUAUGUUUAUUUUUGCUUUAUUUUAUAUUUUUUUCUUGUACAUAAAUAUCAGUUUAAUGUGACUAACGACAAAAUACACGUAUUUGAUUGGUGGGACUUUUUCUCUUACGCUGUCAUUAUUUGUAAUUUAUUAAAAACUAAUGUUUACUUUACAACUAAAUUUACCAAUUAGGUGGAAAGAUAACUCAAUUCACUUUUUAGUAAUUAUAUAUACCUACAUAUAUUAUAUAGAACAUGAAACUAUAUAAUACGAGAAAAAAAUUAUUGAAAAAAAAACACAAAAAAAUGAAAGACGAGGGGAAGUUUAAAAGGUAUAAUUUUUUUGAUUUAUAGGCGGUUUAGCUAAGAAAUGAAAUUUUAUUAGGGGAAUAUGGAGAGGUGCUUAACAAAAUGCAGGGUGGUUCUUUCACAUUGAAAUUUCUUUCAUUUGGCAUUCAUUUUAUUUGUUCUUUUCUAUUUUUCACGCGUGAAAUUUUCCCAAAAGGUCAAAGUGAGCAUUAAUCAGCUCACGAUGCGGCAUCAUUUGCUAAAAAUACACACCGUGGUCAAAAUCAAGGUGCAAAUCUCAUUUUAGAUUUUUUUUCAAAGUUUUAUUUUCAAUUUUCAAGGGAAGCUGUGAGACACAGUGCUGAGAUAAAAAUAGUGGCGCACCUGUUGUGCCUCGCGGAGCAAAGUUUACAAAUAAAAGAUUUUCUUCUCUCUGCAAUGAGAGAGAAAGAAAAACAGUUAUGGUGGAAAUUGCUCAAGUUUUUGAGUGCGAUUGAGAUAUUUUUGGGGAAGGCCACAGGGACGUACAGGUUGUGCCAGAAUGUUGUUGUGAAGACUGAGGGAAAGGUUAAUGGACAGCUCGCGGUGUGGGAAGUAAAAAUAAAGGAAAUAUUGAACGAGUUAAGCCGUAAAGAACGGAACAAAUUAAUCAUGUUCCGGUCAGUUUAUGCGUGAUUAAUGGACCCUAUGACCGAAUAUUUACUUAGCUCAACUAAUUGAAGAUUUAUCCUUUCGUGGCCAAAGAUUUUUCUAGUGGAUCAAAUUUGACAGAGAAAAAAUAAGAAAAGUCUUUUCGAUUGACUUCAAGACAAUCCAGAAAAUUAACUAAAUUAAGGACGGUUAAAACUAAUGUUGACGCUUUACCUUACUGUGACGCAGAAAAAGACUAAUGUUGACUCAAUUCCCUUAUUGCGACUUAAAUUUUCCCUUAUUUAGACUCAACCUUUGCCUAAUGUAGACUCAAUUUUUAACUUAUCUGUACUAGAAAAUACCUAAUGUAGCCGCGAAUUUUAACUUAAGGCGACGUUAAGAACGUUGUAGUACAGAUAAGUUAAAAAUUGAGUCUAGAUUAGGCAAAGGCUGAGUCUAAAUAAGAGAAAAUUUGAGUCGGGAUAAGGGAAUUGAGUCAACAUUAGUCUUUUUCUGAGACACGAUUAGAUGGAGCCAAUUAAGGACAUAGGCUCUAUAGUAAAAUAUAUCGAAUUUAUCCUGCCACAAUUUCACUUCCAGCUCUAUGAAAGAUGAAUAACCUUUUAGAAAUAUCUCGAACUAGGACAUAAAACUUGAUCUUCCGUGAUAUUAUUGGGAAGAAGACUAAACUCAAAAGCUCGAUACUUCCUUAUUAUGGUAGAUUAGCAAGAACAAUAUAGGCUACAGGACGCUUUAAAAUUUAUUAGGAAGUCCCCAAGUUCCCGGGAAAAAAAUUAAGGAAUGUCUCAGAGGCCACAUUUAUGCCAAAAUUUACAUAAAAUCUUCGAAAAGAUUUUGAAAAAUUGCAAAAAGAAGAACUAAAUAUUCGAAUUUGAUAUAAUCUACUCAAUCUACCUCUAAUUAAUCAACUUUUUGGAAUAGUUAUUUGUAUAAAGCAGAAAUUCUUGAUGAUGCACGAUUUCUGUCAUUACACUGUCCCCAUAAUUUGUGAUGGACAGAUAAAUUAAAUAGAAAACUUCACAACUUCAGAAUUUAGUAAUGAUUUUUUUCACGGCGUGUUUUUCUUUUCGCAAAUGAUGCCGAAGAAAUAGUUUUAAAAAUAAAUAUGAAAAGAAACAUAGAAAUAAUAAAAAAAAAUAAUAGGAUCUCCAACUUAACGCUCAUUUGAAAGGCAACAUGGAAAUAAUCUUAAUGAAUCUUUCAUUCUCAAUUUCUGUUAGAAAGUGCCUCACUUCCCUGUUACAUAAAAAAAUAGUUUGUAAAGAUAAAGAAAAAGUAGAAAUAUUAGAGAUAAAAGAAUUAGAAAAAAAAAGUGAAGAGGUACAAGAUUUAUUUUUAAGUAGGUGAUCUUUUCAAUGAGUCCCCCUUCUUGAGGUGUGUCUUUAAAAAAAAAACAAAUCUAUCUACAAUUUGUAAGAGUUUUAGGUAAAAAGAAAAAAAAACUUUUUGGAAAUAUUUUAUCGAUAGAUUUUUCUUAUUAGAUUGAAUUCUAAAUGUGUUGGUUUCCUCUUCGAUAAAUUCCAAUAUGCGCCAAAUACAAAUUUAUUUAGUCAUGUAGUGAAACAUUUUAAGGAAAAAAUAUUAAUCUUGACGUGGUGAAACGACAAAAAAAUGAAAGCAAUAAUAUUCCACCUUUUUUUUCUCAAAAAAGGAUUCCCUUUACAAAUUACUUAGGACGCCAUAUUGGGUGAUUAAAGGAUUCCAUUUUGAUUAUUUUUUUUUCUAAAAUUAUAUUCCAUAUUGCAAAAGCCUUGCAUUUGCAAAUUUUUGAAAGAUUUUUUUAAGGGAUGAGGCCUUUAAAAUUGAAAUCAAAAAGAAUUUUUUAAGGGUUAAAAGUAAGUAAGUUAGUAUGUAUAGAACUUUGAUUCCUUUUUAUAGUCUACCAAUUUUAUUUUCAAACAAAUUGCUUGAAAUUUUUGAGAAUUUCUUUUUAAGAAAACUUUUUUCUCUAUUCAGAAAUUUGUAAAUGCUAGGCAAAGUAAAAAAAAAUACUAAAUUUUCUUUUUUGAAAUUCUUUCACAAUCUCUACAACAAAAUAUUCUUUCAAAGCGAUUUAUGUACUUAUAUUUUUAAAAGAAAUGUCGUAAUUUCACAAGAAAUAACAGAAAGAUAGUAGAUAUAUAAACUAAUUAAAGAAAAAUUAGUAGUUUAGUAGGCCAAUGUGAACGGCAAACCAAAUCAAAUAGAAUGAGAAAAUAUAAAAAACAAAGACUUGUCUCACAAGGCCUAACAAACCUUUAAAAAAAACAUCCUAUACACUUGUUAUUUAAAAGAUAUAGAGAGAAAAAUGAAACCAUAUAGGCUCGAAUCUUUUUAGUGAAAUAAAAAAAUGAGAAACGUAACAUUUUUUCCCAAUUUUAAUGACAAGAGAGAACAAAUUUACUACUUAAUCAAUUUACUACUAUGUAUCGAUUUUUGGGAAUUUAUGUAGCUAUUUUUUGUGGACUAUUAUUUUCAAAAAACAAAAAUGAAUAGGAGGGGUUGGAAAUGGUGAAGUUAUGACUGAUUUAGGCUUUAUUUGGUAGAUUUCUUGAUUUUUAUCAGUUUUGUGGAUAAAAUUGUUUAAAAUUGAGGGAAAAAUAUUGGUCUUACUAUUCGUGCUUACUGGGUGAGAUUUGUGGUAGUUUCAUGGCAGUCUUUGAGACCUAAUUCCAUUGAUUUGAUCCCUUAACGCAAAGGAAUCAAAGGAAUGGGAAGGAAUGCGGCACAAUAGUCUUUAAUCCUUUAAAGAAUCCCUAAUUGGGAAAACAAAAAUUUAGAAAGAAAAGAAUCCAAAAAUAAGGAUUAAAUAAACCAACAAUCCUUUAUCUAUAAACUUGAAAAAUUAACUUAUAGAGCAUUGAUCGGUCACAAACUCAUUAUUUCUAAUUCAUUCCUUAGUAUUCAAAUUUACUAACUUGAACUACAACUAAAUAAAAUACACAAUAUAUAAAAAAAAAAGUAGAAAACAAAAAGAAAAUACAAAAAACACUGUAGAUGAGAAAAUAAAACUAAUUUAUAUACAGAGAUUAGGAACACAGUAAAAUGUAAAAGAUUAAUAAAAUUACUACAAGUGAAAACAGGAACAUAAUAGAAAAACUACAAAAUAUUUUGAUUUAUUUUUCUUUUCCUUUUUGAAGUGUGUAUUUGAGACUUUGGCUUUAUUAACAACACUAUUUCUCAUAAAAAAAGUAGAUAUAAUAAUGAAAAGAUAGAAUAAUUAAGAGAGGAAGAGUGUGAAACAAUAAUAAAUGGUAGCGGAGAGAGACUGCUGAUAGGAACGAUUUUUUGAAGAUUGUUAAUAAAAAUAUAUAAUGUAAUAAAAGUCCCAAAAUUUUUGUA